CUAAAAUCACAAUAAAUGAGCUGAUAAUAAUCCGACCCGUCUUCUUUGCCGCCAUUCUCUUUUCUAAAAUUGCAUUAUUGCAUCAUAUGAUUCAGGUGGAUUCAGGCCACCGGAGCUGAAGAUGAGCAACGCCGGCGUAGAGACGCUGCCGAAGAAGGAAGUAAACAUUCUCAAAGGGCACGAAGGCGCAGUUUUAGCAGCUAGGUUUAACAGCAACGGGGAGUAUUGUCUGAGCUGCGGCAAAGAUCGCACCAUCCGCCUCUGGAAUCCCCACCGUGGAAUCCCCAUCAAAACCUACAAAUCCCACGGCCGCGAAGUCCGCGACGUCCACGUCAGCCCGGAUAACUCCAAGAUAAUCUCUUGUGGUGGUGAUAGACAGAUCUUCUACUGGGAUGUAGCAAGUGGGAGGGUGAUCAGAAAAUUCCGUGGGCAUGACAGUGAGGUAAAUGCUGUGAAGUUUAAUGAGUAUGCAUCUGCAGUAGUAUCAGCAGGAUAUGAUCGCUCCGUGCGUGCUUGGGACUGUAGAUCACAAAGUACUGAGCCUAUUCAGAUCAUCAGUACAUUCUCUGAUAGUGUCAUGUCUGUUUGCUUGACGAAAACCGAGAUAAUUGCUGGAAGUGUUGAUGGAACUGUUCGAACAUUUGACAUCCGAAUGGGUAGGGAAAUUUCUGACAAUCUCUGGCAGCCAGUCAACUGUAUUUCUCUCUCAAACGACGGUAACUGUAUCUUAGCAAGUUGUUUGGAUUCUGGUAUACGACUAUUGGACAGAUCCAGUGGUGAAGUCUUACAAGAAUACAGAGGCCACAUUUGUAAGGCUUUUAAAAUGGAUUGCUGCCUCACAAACACUGAUGCUCAUGUUACUGGCGGUUCUGAAGAUGGCUUAAUCUAUUUCUGGGACUUGGUGGAUGCAUCUGUUGUAUCGAGCUUCCGUGCUCACUCCUCAGUGGUGACGAGUGUAAGUUAUCACCCAAAAGAUAGCUGUAUGAUAACAUCGUCUGUUGAUGGAACAAUCAAGGUUUGGAAAACCUGAACAGGGAUAGCUCACUACUAUCCAUAUUGUUACUGUUGCUCAUCAGAUUCAUCAGGUGAGGUUUUGACGAUAGUAUAGUGCAUGCAUAAGUUGUUGUUCUUUUUGAAAUCUACAUGGUUCUCAACAGUAGAAUCUACUGCUGUUAGAAUAUAUUCAUUCAGUUGCCUGAGUAUAAGUUAGGUGAUUUACUGCAUGAUGUGAGGUCCAGAAAUCUAUACUCCUAUCCGUUUUUUAUCCAUGAUAAACUAGCACCCUAAGGGAAAUCAAGUCACACUAACUUGGUGGAUCUUCCUCUUUUGCUUGCCGCUUCUUCCCACCCCUCCUUCCCCAUUGCAUUCAUCCAUAUCCAUUUUCGGUUUUGCAUUCUUCGUUCUGUAUCACGUGAUCCCAAUUGUCAUCAUGCAGUUUCUAAACGCAGGUCCAUGAGAGGCUGCAACUCUGGUUUAUAUGCAAAUUGUCCGUUACCUGAGAGGAAGAGAUUGCUGGAUUUUCUUAAUAGUAACAGGAUGAAAGAUGGCACAAGCCAAGAACAUUUUGGCAUGUAUUGUUUUCGUUGUUUUUCUUUUAAUGCCGUUAGGUUAUCACUUAUAGUGUCCAACUUCCAGAUCUAAACCUUUAAUAAAUUAACUCUUUAAUCUAAGUCUCUUGUAAUCUCUCUUCAGACUCGAAAUAACUCUUUAAUCUAAGUCUCUUCUAAUCUCUCUUUAGACUCAAGUUGCCUUCUUAGCAAGUAGUAUUGAGGUCAUUCUUGCAUUAUUUUCCCAGUAAAGCUUAAGCUCAAAAGGGUUCUUACUGGAAAGUGGCCUUUUAUGGCUGUUCUCCUUUUGUAAUCUUUGGCACCAAGGUGGCUUAUGAUUAGAAUGAGGACUUUGGAUUCAGUGGUUUUAUCAGCAUUUCAUUAUUCUUAAACGUGUAUAGCGGUCUUUCCAUUUCAAUAUGAUUUUCAUGUUUGUUGUAUCCAAAAAUAAGAUAACUACUUGGG